AUGGCAGAAGCUUCCGAGGAUGCCUCAGCUCUGCCUGUAACAGUGAAGAAAAAGAAAAGUUUAUCCAUUGAAGAAAAGAUCGACAUCAUAAAUGCAGUAGAAAGCGGCAAGAAAAAGGCAGAAAUUGCAGCUGAAUAUGGAAUAAAGAAAAAUUCAUUGUCUUCUAUUAUGAAGAAUAAGGACAAAGUUCUAGAAGCCUUUGAAUCUCUGAGAUUUGAUCCAAAGAGAAAAAGACUGAGAACUGCUUUUUACACAGAUCUGGAAGAAGCAUUAAUGAGGUGGUAUCGAAUUGCUCAGUGUCUAAAUGUACCAGUUAAUGGUCCAAUGUUGCGUCUAAAAGCUAACGAUUUUGCCCAGAAACUGGGACAUAAUGAUUUUAAGUGCAGUAAUGGUUGGCUGGAUCGCUUUAAAUCCAGGUAUGGUUUAGUAUUCAGAGCUCAACCUGUAGAAGCUACAGGUGUAUCAGUAGACCCUUCAACUGUCUGGCACCAAAAUGUACUUCCUUAUUAUUUAAAUGAUUAUCAUCCUAAAAAUGUUUUUAAUAUAAAAGAGACUGGGCUGCUGUAUCGAAUGCUACCUACAAAUACGUUUGCAUUUAAAGGAGAAACAUGCUCAAUCGGAAAGUUAUGCAAAGACAGAAUAACUCUGGUGGUUGGGGCAAACAUGGAUGGCUCAGAGAAACUUCCUUUGCUUAUCAUUGGAAAAAACAGAAAUCCACGUUGUUUCAAAGGUAUAAAAUCAUUGCCUGUGUGUUAUGAAGCUAACAGAAUGGCAUGGAUGACCUCAGAUGUAUUUGAACAAUGGAUGCGGAAGCUCGAUGAGAAAUUUCAAGUCCAGCAACGAAGAGUGGUGAUUUUUGUUGAUUCUUUUCCUUCACAUCCAGAGGUAAAGAACCUAAAGUCCAUUGAGUUAGCAUUCUUUCCAUCAUGUUUAUCUUCCAAAUUUAUAGCUAUGAAACAAGGUGUUAUUAAAAGCCUUAAAAUCAAGUAUCGACAUUGUCUUAUCAAGAAAUUUUUAAGCUCUGUUGAAGGCAGCAAAGAAUUUACAUUUUCCCUACUCGAUGCAGUUGAUACUUUGCACCUUUGUUGGAGGGCUGUGACCCCAGAGAUUAUUGCUAAGAGCUACGAAGAGGCAGGAUUCAGAUCUCAAAAAGGAGAAAGUGACAAGACAAAUGCAGAGACAGACACCGGUCUUGAUUUGAUUGCCCAUGCUCAGGCAGCAGGCGUGGAAUUUCCUGAAGGUUUAUCUAUAGAAGAGUAUGCUGCCCUCGAUGAUGAUUUGGAGACUUGUGAAGCUGCACCAGAAGGUGAUUUGGUAUGGACCGAAGAAAGUAAAUCAGAUGAAACUGAAUUUUAUACUUCUGACGAAGAGGAUGAUGAUGGAUCUCUAGGAACUGAACUCCCUUUGCCAUCAAAAAAUGAGGCAAUAACUGCUUUAGAUACUCUUAAAAAUUUUCUUAGAAGUCAAGAUAUGAAUGAUGAGCUUCAUAAUUCUUUAGCAGACCUUGAAAUUUUUAUUAACUCAUCAUCUAAAUAAUUAUUUGUGGUACAACAUCUGAAGAGUAAUAGCUUUUCCUGAUGUAUUUUACCAUAUGAGGUAUAUAAAGGGAAAAUACCACUUAAACAUAAAAAAAAAAGAAAUCUUUUGUUUAAUUGCAUAUGUCUUUGGCCUGAAUGGAAAAGUUCCCUAGGUAGAUUAAGUAAUGAGUAAGUAAAUGAAAAAUAAGAAUUUCAAUAUAGCAAGGUUUUGGGGAGUAGAAAAUGUAUUAAAGAGGCCUUGUACUUGAAAUAUAUGGUAUAAAUGUCAAAAAUAAAAAAACUUUCCAGCUAUUUGAUUCAUACAGGUUGAAUUGGUGAUUGCUAUUUUCUUUUUUUUUAAGUGCAGAUCACGUUAUACAAUAUUUUAAUUUAUCUACCUCGUCUCGGAAGUAAAAUAUCUAUUACAUAUUUAUUUUUAUAAAGACAUAUAUUCCAGCCUCGUAUCAAGUAUUAACUUUAAAUUACUUUAUUUUUCUUGUAACUAGCUUAUCUUGCUAAGAAGAAAUUAUGAAAAAGUACUGAAAAUAAAAUCUGAUCCACUUAUACACCAAAGUGAUUAAAAAUAUAUGUCUCACUACUUUCCAGUUAUUUCUGUAGAAGGUCAAAUGAAAGACUAUUAACUUAUCAGAUGCUUUUUGUCAUCUAUAACCAGAAGAUGAUAUGGAUUCUUCCUAAAUAUCUGUAUGUAUAUGUGUGUGUUUAAUAGAAAAAUCUAUUACUGAAACAUUUGUGAACUCUUGUAAUAUUUAUAUUUUAAUAAGAUUACUCUUGAAAAGUAUAUAUG